GGCGUAUGCGAGAGGAGAUAGGGAAAGUGAGACAGCCACUGGGAAACUGAACAGCGAAAGAGAAGUUUGGAAGCACAAGCAGAUUUCAGCCAAAAUGACAGAGAACCCAUUUCACUAUUUAGUGGAGACAUUGUCUGGAACAUCUGACAAGACAUUUUUCAAUGUGUCUAAACUGAAGGCCACUGAAUAUGAUUCUUUGCCUUACUGUAUACGUGUUGUACUGGAGGCUGUGGUGCGAAACUGUGAUGGAGUCUUGGUAAAGGAACAAGAUGCCUUUAACAUUUUAAAUUGGAAGACUAAAUGUGAAUUCAAAGAGAUUCCUUUCUUGCCUGCUCGUGUCAUGCUGCAAGAUUUUACUGGUAUACCGGCAAUGGUGGAUUUUGCUGCAAUGAGAGAUGCCAUCAGCAAGUUUGGAAAAGAUCCUAAGCAGGUGAAUCCUGCCUGUCCCACAGACCUCAUAGCUGAUCAUUCUCUGCAGCUGGAUUUCACUAAAUGUAUUGCUGCACAGAAUGUUUCAGGUUUACCCGCAGUUGAGACACACAGACCAACCACAACACCUGGGAAAACACCUGGGCGAAAAGCCCAGUGUAGAAGUCAGGGCGGAUGCAAAGGAGCCUGUGAUUUGGGAGCAGCAAAUGGAAGCUCCAGGGAACAAAUUGAGAAUACUCCAAUGUUGUGCCCUUUUCAUCUGCAGCCCAUUGCCGAGCCAGAAACAGCAUUAAAAAGUCUUGAGAUAGAGUUUAACCGGAAUAAAGAGCGGCUACAGUUUUUCAAGUGGUGUUCCAAAGCUUUCCAGAAUGUUGCUGUGAUCCCACCAGAGACCGGGACAGUACAUCAGGUUAACCUGGAGUUUUUAUCACGGGUGGUGAUGGAAGAAAAGGGUUGCAUAUAUCCAGAUAGUGUUCUUGGUACUGACUCUCAUACCACAAUGGUAAAUGGCCUUGGGAUUUUAGGGCUUGGUGUGGGUGGAAUAGAGUCUGAAGCAGCAAUGCUAGGAGUUCCUAUUACCCUGACCUUGCCAGAGGUGGUUGGCUGUGAACUAACUGGCACUAUUAACCCUAUUGCCACAUCUAUAGAUGUUGUUUUAAGCAUCACAAAGCAUCUGAAACAAGCUGGUGUUGCAGGCACAUUUGUGGAGUUCUUUGGGAAUGGGGUUUCUCAGUUGUCUGUUGCGGACCGCACUACUAUAGCCAACAUGUGCCCAGAGUAUGGUGCAACAGUGGCAUUCUUCCCCGUGGACAGUGUAACCCUGCAGCACUUAAAGCAGACAGGAGUUGAUCUGCAGUGUGUCAAGACAUUUGAGAACUAUCUGAAAGCUGUUAAAUUACUGCGGCAGGAGAAUGUGCAGCAACCUCUAUAUUCCAAGGUCCUUCAAAUUAACCUGAAUUCCAUUGUCCCUUACGUGAGUGGUCCUAAGAGGCCCCAAGACAGGAUAUCUGUGAUGGAUAUGAAGAAAGAUUUUGAGACCUGUCUGAAGGAAAAGACUGGUUUAAAAGGAUUUCAAAUACCAGAAGAGAAGCAAAAUAUAAUGGUCCCAGUGACAUAUGGAAAUUCUGAAUACUCUCUGUCACAUGGCUGUGUUGUCAUUGCUGCAGUUACAAGCUGCACCAACAACUGUAACCCCUCUGUCAUGCUGACUGCAGGUUUAUUAGCCAAAAAGGCAGUUGAGGCUGGACUGACUGUAAAGCCAUACAUAAAAACUAGCCUUUCUCCUGGGAGUGGAACUGUAACAUACUACCUCAGUGCUAGUGGUGUGUUGCCCUAUCUAAGCAAGCUGGGGUUUGAUAUCAUUGGUUAUGGCUGUGCUAGAUGUGUGGGAAAUACCAACCCUUUACCAGAGAGUAUUGUCACCGCCAUUAAAGAGGGAGAGCUUGUGGCAUGUGGUGUUUUUUCAGGAAACAAACACUUUGAGGGAAAUCGCUGUAGCUGUGUUUGUGCAAACUAUCUGGCUUCCCCACCUUUAGUAGUGGCAUAUGCCUUGGCAGGCACUGUCAACAUAGAUCUGCAGACUGAACCUUUGGGUGAAAAUGCACAAGGUAAAAAGAUUUUUCUGCAAGAUAUUUGGCCUAGCCGGGAGGAGGUUUUGGAGGUCGAAGAAACCUUGGUGAUUCCAUCUAUGUUCAGUGAACUGAAACUGAAAAUAGAGAAACAAAAUACACGAUGGAACUUACUGGAUGCCCCUGAAAGCACUUUAUUCCCCUGGGAUCUCCGGUCCACAUAUAUCAGAAGCCCACCCUUUUUCCAUAAAUUAGAGAAAAUCCCCCCACCCAUUCAGCCCAUUGAGAGAGCCUAUGUAUUACUUUAUUUAGGAGAUUCAGUGACAACUGACCACAUGUCACCUGCAGGAAGUAUUCCUCGGACUAGCCCAGCGGCUAAGUACUUAAUGCAGAAGAAUCUGGUUCCCCGGGAGUUUAAUUCAUAUGGAGCCCGGAGAGGUAAUGAUGCUGUGAUGACACGAGGGACUUUUGCUAAUAUGAAGCUAUUCAAUAAGCUUGUUGGCAAAACUGGACCCAAAACCAUCCAUUUACCAUCAGGACAAACUAUGGAUGUUUUUGAUGCUGCAGAACUUUAUCAAAGAUCAGAAAUUCCCCUCAUAAUUAUAGCUGGGAAAAAGUAUGGACUUGGUAAUUCUAGAGACUGGGCUGCUAAAGGACCUUUUUUGCUGGGUGUCAGAGUGGUGAUAGCUGAAAGCUAUGAGAAAAUCCAUAAAGACCACUUAGUGGGUAUGGGUAUCGCACCACUUCAAUUUCUUAGUGGGGAAAAUGCAGAAACCCUGGGCCUUUCCGGGAAAGAGCAGUAUUCAUUAUCGCUUCCGGUCGAUCUGACUCCUGGACACAAAGUAGAAAUUAAGACAAACACUGGGAAGAUUUUCCAUGUGAUUGCAGCCUUUGACAAUGAAGCAGAAGUCACUUUGUAUAAACAUGGAGGAAUAUUAAGCUAUGUGGCACGGAAAUAUUUAUAGUAGAGUUUAGGAAUCGGGAUGGUAAAGUCAAAAUGACAUUUCUCCUCCUGCUCUUUUACUUCUUACCUCCAGCAGAUAUGGGUUACUGAAAAGGAGUAAGUGAAACCUUUUCUGGCUCUUUCUUUUCAAGACUGGUGCUAUGGACAUGCCUUUUUUUUUUUUAAACUGCCUGAAGGGAAGAAAUGAUUUCCAACCUGAUCACAUGUAGUUGCAGAGAAACUUACCAGAGAAGACUGGGAAUGCAGUUAUGAAGUGGUGCUCAGUUUUUCUCUGUAAAACCUGUAACUGCUAUUUCAUAAACUUCCAGCAGCAGUUUUCAGAAUAAAUGGUGACUUUGUAUUUAAAACAAAGAUAGAUUUAUCCGAAAACUUUCCAUUUGAUGAGGUUUUGUUUCAUGGAUCUGAAGAAAAAAAAAACACAUUGCUAUGGACAUAUUAUUCACAGCACUAUCAGUGUUGCAUAUGACAAGAAUGAAAUAAAGCUUAUAAAACACAA